GUGGAAUAGGGGCCCUGUCGAUGUUUUGAUUUAUCUUUUUAUGCUUAAGCUGUAGCCAUGGUAAAAUGAAUAAAAAGAAAGACAAGCCAGGAAAAUUUUCCUUUAGGAAAAUCAAAAAGAAUAAAAACAAGGACAUAGAAGCUCCAGAAGAAGAAGCAAAAAGGCUUACAGAAUCCAAGGUUAAUAAUGAAGAGCUAAUAACAGCACCUGAAAAUAACGUACAUCCUAAAGUAGUAAAUGUGAAAACUGAAAGCUCAACAGUGAAACAGGAGAGGGUCAACGAGAGGCCGGUGGAUGUUGGUCCCGUUCUGAAGAAUGUGAUUCAAAAUACACAGAGUCAGAAUGGAGGUUACCCCAAAACAUUGGAAAGUGUUGAACCAAAAGGAUCGAAGAGAGUACAUAGUUAUUCCCGGGAGUCGCCAGAACAAAGCACACCCCAGAUGUUGCCUAUGGAGGAAAGAAGGAAAUUAAAACAGUUUGCUUCUGUCCGAAGUCCUAGCUCUAAAAAAGAUAGCGUGUCUUAUGAAAAUGAGGAAACGACUUCCUCAGAGAAGAAAAAGAAAAGUCGUUCUAUCCUGGGAUCCAUACGAGGAAAAAAAUCGAAAAAAGCCAAACGGAGUUUAACAGAUGUAUUUGAAGAAGAAGCAAAGAAGACAAACCAUGAGAAUGAGAAAGUGUCACCAGAUGACGAUGAUUCAGAUGAAGAGGAGGAAGAUGAUUGGGAUGAUGAUCCUAAUAAUCCUUUUUCAUCGUCUUUUCAACCAAAGGAAGUUCAUAGAGCACAACCACCUGCCCAAGAUGUUCAGCAGAAACAUGAUACAGACGUGCAGUUCUCUCUUGAAAGAGAAAAUUCGAAAGAAUCUGAUAAAAUGGAAAUAUCGAAAGACAAUAUCAAUAAAGAGCCUAAGAAAAAGAAGAAGAAAAUGAAAAUACCAUCUUUCCGGAAAAGAAAAAAGGAAGACGUGGAAUCUGAAGUUCAGCCAACUUCGGUUGCUCAAUCACCCACUUCUCAGAGUACGGCAUCACUUCCGGUCAGUCACCAAGAACAAAUGAUGAAGCAAACUACGACAAUACCAGAUGUAGCAAUCAGACAGCAUCAUGUACAAGCUCUGGAACAACCACGUGUUCACAGCUACUCUUACGAAUCUCCGGACCACUUCAUUGAUACUGAGAAUUCUGGACAUUUACUGUCAAGGGAAGAAAGAAAUAAAUCGAAACAGUUUUCAUCCAUGAGAUUACCCAAAAAUCAACAACGCCCUGUUUUGCAUUUUAUUAAAGAGGAAGGAAGGCCUGUUAACAUGAAUGAAAAAGAAAGUGUUGAAGUUGUGGAUGAAGAAUUGCCACCAAACAUCAAUAAGAAAGUCCGUCAGGAGGCCAAGAUAUUUUCUUCUUUCAGAAAAAAGAUGACACAUAAGAAGAGUGUGCUAGGAAAAGUAACUGAAGAUGAAGCAGAGUCUGCUGAAAUAAAAGACGAAGAAGUAAUACAUUCUUCCCCAUACAGUCAAUCAGAGAUGAGUGGUGUUCGUAGCAGUGCUCCACCAAAUUUUGCUUAUUCUGUCAGUGACCAACAGAGCCUAAUGGUGAGUGAGGUGACAAAGCAGAGAUCUCAAACACUACAACCUACUCGAACACUCCAUUCGCCUACUGAAGAGAACAGCAAACCUAGAUCCGCCACCGUGACAAUAGAAUCAGCUACACUACCCCGAAAUGAGAGAACACUCGAUAUUGAAAUGGAAAACGAGCCAACCAAGAAAAAGAAGAAAGGGAGUUCAAUUAUGAAGACAUUGUCAUUUAGAAAAUCCUCCAAAAUUCUGGAGUCAAAUGAGCAAGACUCAUCUAUAGCUAUUUCAAGUCAACAGAUUGAUGAAGUGAUAGUGGAAGAACAGAGUCAAUAUGAGGAACCCUAUGAUUUGGAAGAAUCCUCUAGCACACUCCUUGAAGAGAAGGUCCAAGAAAGUGAGGCAGAUAGGGAAGAAAGGAAGAGGCAGUUAGAGCUUGUGUUUCAGGACAUGGAAUCAGAGAAUGAGGAGGAAGACAAACCAAAGACAAAAAUGCCACAGAAGAUAAUAAAAGCAAUAAAAAGGAAGGGCAAGAAAAAGAAGUCGGACUCAGAUGAACCCGAGAUGUUCCCUUUGAUGGAACAAGGUCAGCCAGGUGACAAUGAAGAAGUCAAGAAAAAGAACACAUCUGACAAAAUAUUGGAAGUGAAAGGCCAAUUAGGAGAGUUAAAAGAAAUUGCUCAGAAUAAUGUCGACAAGUUGUAUGAAAGAGAAGAAAAUCUUGAUGAUCUGGAGGAUCGAGCUGAUGAACUAUCUAAAAAGGCUUCACUGUUUAACGAGAUAUCCGUUGAAGUUAAAACCAAAAUGGAGACAUGUAACAAGAGGACCAAAGCAAUCAUCAUUGGUGUCGUCAUCGCUAUCCUUGUCCUCGUUGUCAUCAUUCUCAUCGCUGUUGUGGCUAACAAGUCUGGCAAUACAGAGCCAGAGUAUCGCACUGUUCACAUUAUCCAUGUUGUUAAUGGCACAGCUCCUUAUACGCCUUCACCCGGUUAAAAAAAGAAUACAGUGUGUUUUGAUUUUGCUUCGGAAAUGAUUUAAGCUCACAUGUAAAAAUAAAAGCAAACAUGUAUAUUCAGAAUUCGGGAUAGAAAACGAUAGAGAUUACAAAUGUCGUAGACGUUACUUGCACUAGCAAAUAAUUAUUAAGUUCAUUAAUUAUUUAAUUAUCAACGUAAUUAGGCUUCUUUUUAACCAUAUUAUUUAUAAGAUGUAAACAUACAUUAGUAGAGGAUAUAAAAAAUCCCGCAUAAUAUUUUCAUUAUUUUGGUUGUAAUCCAUUCAAAGAUCAUAUGCCUUAGAUAAAGUAACAGCAAAGCUGCAUUCUUAAUCCAGACUGCAUUUGGACAGUAUUAAGAAAGGCGAAUGUGCAAUUUUAUAUUUUCUCAAAAUUUUGCUCUUAUGUCUCUAUGUGUAUCUCUUUACUUCAUCAAACAAUAAAUCUUUAACAAUCAUUUAAUUGUACAAUAUUUCAUGUAGAUAUAAUGCAAAUUGUACUAUAUUUCAUGUAGAUAUUAAUGUACAUCUCUACUUGUAUUUGUGUGUGUGAAUUGCCGUAAUUUGCCUCUAAUAUAUUGUAUAACAUUUGUAAUAAAGCCUGUGAUAUCUCGAAAGGGUUGGAAAAAUUGUGAUUUGUUGUCUGAGGUUGUUGUUGUCCAAAUAUUUUUAUUCUGUAGCAUCUGUAUUUUAGUAAUCUAUAAGCAGGCAGUGUAAGUAUUUGUUAAUAUCUUUAAGCAAUUUUUGCAUAAACAUAUUUUUCGCUUUGUAAAAAACCUACUACGAUAUACAAAUUACAUGUUAUUUAAAAGGGCCCAAUCGAAUUUGGAUUCAGUGGUUUAUAUACAAUUUAUACUGUAAUACUAGUCAUGCAUAUACUUAUGAAUGAAUUAACAUAACAUAUAAUCUGUUUUAAAAUAUAGGCAUUUUAGUAACAUUGUCUAUAUUGUGUCUGCUAUUAUCCUACAUAGGUAUCUGUUAUCCCUUUUUAUAUCCCUUUUCUUUAGUUUUACCAACAUGCAAAAGCAUACUGUAGAAUGGUUGUUUGUUUUUUUUUUUUCUAUUUAGACAUUAUAAGGCUGAGAUUAAAUCGUUUGAGUUGUUCUCUCGUGAUGUAAGGGAACAGAUUGCCCAAGUUUGUAUUAUUUAUUUUUUUUCUUGAAUGUGUAUUGUACGACAAUUUACAUUGUGUAUAUGUAUAUUUGCAAAUUGACUUAGAAAUGCUAGUUAAAAUAAAACGUAUAUUAUGCUUA